CGAUUUGUAAGCAUGUUUCGUUUGGGAAUAAUGAUGGUAGAGGAGUAGGAAGUGGUGCUUUGGGUAAUGCAGCUGUGUUUCUGCUUAAAGUCGCUGUUUUGGAAGUUGUUAGAAGGGUUUCCAAGGCUAAAUGUCCUCAUUUGUGGACUAGUAUUCAGGCGUUGCAAUGCCUUUGUUAUCCUCCUCUUAAGUGGAUUCAGAGAUGGGCUCCUUUUAAGGAGUUGAUCAAGGCAAUGCAGAUGCUGUCUCGGCCAUUAUUGGUCCUCACGAUAGCUGAGGCUCUCACAGACCAGUCAGAGUUAAAGAAAGAAGCCCCAGGUGGCAACACUUCUCAUGCAUCUUCAGAAUCACAAUCUGACCCACAGACGUCACAGUCUCUAUCAGAUAUAAGAAUUGAAGAUGAGGCUCCACUUCAUGUAACUUCACAAGACUGGCUUAGACAACUCUAUGAAGAACUGGAAAAACAGAGGCUUAGCUUACCCGAGAGAGUCAAUGAAGACGAGCUCCAUAGAUUCUAUAGAGUGUCAAAUGGAGACUUCACAUCCUUACUAUCUUCUAUAAAAAAAACAAUCCAGUGGAGGGAGACUUACAGAAUCCUAUCUGAAGAAGAACUUGAGACAUGGUCAAGUUUAGUCUUUUGGCAUGGAUAUGACAGGAACCAACGACCUUGCCUCAUUGUCCGCUUGGGGCUUGCUUUCUUAAAGUUGCCAGCUCAUGAAAGACCUCGUUUUGCUCAGGCAAUCAUAUCUCAGGUAGAGCACGGCGUUUUGCAUCUUCUGACCCCCGAGAAUUCAGAACUUGCAGUGUUAGUCGAUUGUGAAGGAUUAUCUCCUCUGAGGAUUCCAAUGCAGAUGAUGAGAUCUUGUUCAUCCAUUCUUCAAGAUCACUUCCCUAACCGUCUUGGCUGUCUAUUCAUCAUUCGCCUCCCUCCUGUUGUCCGAGUCAUUUCCCAGACUUUCAUCCAAAUUCUUAGACCAACCACACGCAAGAAGCUGAGAAUUGAAGGGGAAACUUUCCAUCGAGUUCUCUCUGAAUAUCUUCAGACGCUUCCUUCAUACCUUGGCAGUGACUGCAAUUGCAAAAGAUGCUCGAAUCUCAACGAAAAAGAUCCACCACAAACACAAACACACCAAAGAAGCAAGAGUAGGAGCUCGAGGGAAACAGAGAAGCUAGACGACGGCCACUGGAGUUACAAUGUCCAGACACCGGAUUUAGCAUAUGAGGAUGAAUCGAGCCUGAACAUAUGUAACCAAGUUCUGCGAACAUCAGUAGUGUUCUUGCUCAUGAUUUGGCUCCUCGGUGCACUUCUAGCUGGAUUCGCCGAUCCUGAGAGCAGACCUUUUUAAGCUUCCAUAAGGUAAAAACCAUCGUCGUAUUACAGUCAUUAGUGAAUUUUAGGCAAAUCCGUAUGUUUUCUGUAUACAUCGUAACAGUAUAUGUGUGAUAUGCGUUGUUAUAUAAUCAUGAGUGAAUAAACCAUCUCUCAUUCAGCAUGUUCGUUGCAAACCGCGGAUGGAUAAUAACAAUCAAUUAGUUCAACUUAAUAUUGUACGGUCCAGUAUCGUG